AUGCCGGGCAGUGAAGGGCACUUUGUGCAGCAGCAGAUUGUCAGAGUGGAGCCUGGAUUUGUCCGGCUGGUGGAAGGGAAGAGCCGCUGCUCAGGACAUGUGGAGAUCCGUGAUGGGGACCAGUGGAAAACCGUCUGUGAUUCCCACUUUGGUCCCAAAGCUGCUGACGUGGUCUGCAGGGAGCUGCAGUGCGGCGUGGCCCUGCCUGUCACUGGAGGAGGUCACUUUGGAGAAGGGGUCGGUCCCAUCUGGGAUGGAGCGCUGCAGUGUGUGGGGAAUGAAUCCCUCCUGGCCUCCUGCCCCAGAGGGUCCCCCAGGGACCAGCCCUGCACCCACGUGAACAGCGCUAUUGUCACCUGCACAUGUAAGAAUUCCGGAUUUGUCCGGCUGGUGGAAGGGAAGAGCCGCUGCUCAGGACGUGUGGAGAUCCGUGAUGGGGACCAGUGGAAAACCGUCUGUGAUUCCCACUUUGGUCCCAAAGCUGCUGACGUGGUCUGCAGGGAGCUGCAGUGCGGCGUGGCCCUGCCUGUCACUGGAGGAGGUCACUUUGGAGAAGGGGUCGGUCCCAUCUGGGAUGGAGCGCUGCAGUGUGUGGGGAAUGAAUCCCUCCUGGCCUCCUGCCCCAGAGGGUCCCCCAGGGACCAGCCCUGCACCCACGUGAACAGCGCUAUUGUCACCUGCACAUGUAAGAAUUCCGGAUUUGUCCGGCUGGUGGAAGGGAAGAGCCGCUGCUCAGGACGUGUGGAGAUCCGUGAUGGGGACCAGUGGAAAACCGUCUGUGAUUCCCACUUUGGUCCCAAAGCUGCUGACGUGGUCUGCAGGGAGCUGCAGUGCGGCGUGGCCCUGCCUGUCACUGGAGGAGGUCACUUUGGAGAAGGGGUCGGUCCCAUCUGGGAUGGAGCGCUGCAGUGUGUGGGGAAUGAAUCCCUCCUGGCCUCCUGCCCCAGAGGGUCCCCCAGGGACCAGCCCUGCACCCACGUGAACAGCGCUAUUGUCACCUGCACAUGUAAGAAUUCCGGAUUUGUCCGGCUGGUGGAAGGGAAGAGCCACUGCUCAGGACGUGUGGAGAUCCGUGAUGGGGACCAGUGGAAAACCGUCUGUGAUUCCCACUUUGGUCCCAAAGCUGCUGACGUGGUCUGCAGGGAGCUGCAGUGUGGUGUGGCCCUGCCUGUCACUGGAGGAGGUCACUUUGGAGAAGGGGUCGGUCCCAUCUGGGAUGGAGCGCUGCAGUGUGUGGGGAAUGAAUCCCUCCUGGCCUCCUGCCCCAGAGGGUCCCCCAGGGACCAGCCCUGCACCCACGUGAACAGCGCUAUUGUCACCUGCACACAGUACACAGGGUUCAGGCUGGUGAACGGCAGCACGGCAUGUGCAGGGAGGGUGGAGGUCCAGGUGCUGGGGACCUGGGGGACCCUCUGUGCCUCCCACUGGGAUCUGUCGGAUGCCCACGUUCUCUGUCAUCAACUCAACUGUGGGUUUGCCGAGUCCAUUCCUGGAGGAGAGUAUUUUGGGAGAGAGACUGGCCCUGUCUGGAGAGACUCAUUCCACUGUGACGGGACUGAAGCCCACCUGGGUCAGUGCCCAGUGAUCACCCUGGGGGCCUCACCAUGCUCCCGCGGGAGCAACGCUGCUGUUAUUUGCUCAGGGCACGAGGCCAACCUGACCCUCUGCAACACCUCCCUGCCUGAGAGUGCACUGGCGGCAGGGGUUGCGGAGGACGUGGGAGUCAUUUGCUGGGGGAGCCGGCGGGUCCGGCUGGUGAACGGGGCUGGGCGCUGCGCCGGGAGAGUGGAGAUCUACUACCAGGGCAGCUGGGGGACUGUCUGCGAUGAUGGCUGGGACACGUCUGAUGCUGCCGUCGUUUGCCACCAGCUGGGCUGCGGAGGGGCAGUGGAGGUGGCUGGCUCUGCUCAGUUUGGGGAAGGCUCCGGGCAGAUCUGGCUGGAUGGUGUGAACUGCUCCGGGGCCGAAGCUGCUCUCUGGGACUGCCCUGCCAGGCCCUGGGGGCAGCACGACUGCGGGCACAAAGAGGAUGCGGGAGUCGUCUGUUCAGAGUUCGUGGCCCUGAGGCUGGAGAACAGCGACGGCUGCUCUGGGCGCCUGCAGGUUUUCUACAACGGGACAUGGGGGAGCAUUUGCUCCAACUCGAUGACUCUCGACACGGUGUCGCUGGCAUGCAAGGAGCUGGGCUGCGGAGACAGAGGAUCCCAGGAAACAGGCCUGCCCUAUGGUAGGGUGUCUGGCCCCGCGUGGCUGGAUAAGGUGCAGUGUGGGGAGAAAACCAGCUCCUUCUGGCAGUGUCCCUCGGCUCCCUGGGACCCACAGUCAUGCGAAGACCUGCGAGACGAGGUCCACAUCAUCUGCAACGGGCUCUGCCAGCUGUCUCAGUGCCAUGGGAGGUCUUUGCCUUCUCCAGACAGGGAGAAGAUUCGUGCAGUGGGAGGCGAGGACGGGUGCUCAGGCAGAGUGGAGGUCUGGCACCGUGGCUCUUGGGGGACGGUGUGCGAUGACUCCUGGGACAUGCGGGAUGCUGAAGUGGCGUGCAGGCAGCUGGGCUGUGGCCCCGCAGUGUCUGCCCUGCAUGAGGCUGCGUUUGGGAUGGGGAUGGGCCCCAUCUGGCUGGAGCAGGUGGAGUGCCAGGGGACAGAGCUGUCCUUACAGGACUGCUGGGCCCGGCCCGGGGACAGCGGUGUUUGCCGGCAUAAGGAAGAUGCUGCCGUGCGCUGCUCAGAUCCCACCCGAGGCCGUCUGACCAGCAGUGGGAGAGUCUCAGUGCCCGUCAUCAUCUGCAUCAUCCUGGGGGCCCUUCUCUGCCUGCUCCUGGCCCUCCUGGCUGGGCAAGUGCUAAGCGCCAGGGCUGGGCGCAGAGGCUCCUGGAGAGCUCAGGAACCAUUCCCCGAGGCCGUGUAUGAGGAGGCUGGUUACAGCCCAGCGUGGGAGAAGCAGGCGAGGUUUGGUCGCUCAGGCUCCUAUUCAGAGGAGUCCCUGACCCAGUUGCAGCCCUACCCUGGCGUGAGCGAGGAGGAGGAUGGUCUGGGAUCAGCACCAGAUGUUCUUGUCCUGCCCGGAGGUGAGCCAGCGGAUGGCUAUGAUGAUGCCAGGGAGGUUUCUGACCCAGAGGAGGAUGCUGCCCCUGGGCAGGGAGCUUGGGAACUGCCCAGGGUGCCAGAGGAGGGAGCAGGGACCAGGGAUGCAGCCAGAGGGGGCAGCCUGCACUCCCAGAGAAGUGCCGGGGUCCCUGGAGCUGAAGGAGUCACCUCGUCCCUGUCCCUGGGGAGUACGGGCUAUGAUGAUGCUGAAGAGGUGUCUCUGGCACAUCCCUGUGAGGACACAAAGGCUGUGACACUGGAGCUCAGUGCACAACAGUGCCUGAGCCCCAGGCCAGGAGAGCCCAACCCUGCUGUGCCGCUGGGUGCAGCCAGGAGGGAGGAGAGGUCUGUGCAGCUGGGAGAGCUGUGA